UCAAACUGUGCCUAUAGAUAGUUGAAAUGUGAUGAGAAAAUACCUAAUAGACGAUAUACCUAAUAGUCACGAGAACGUACGUGUUUUCUGUGCCCGUAAAUUGAAAGAAUAAAUCAUGUAUGAUCAAAUAUUAUCCGACGAUCAGUCCAUUAGGAUUUAAUUACAAGUUUCUAUGCUCAAUUGAAGGCGGAAAUAGGUUUAAUUUUGAUUCUCAAUGUAAUGCAUGCGACCAUGAAUUCAAAGAAAAUUUCACGGAUCACCAAGGCAUGAUAUUGCGACCAGGAGCACCAUCUAUGAGAAUCCCACGGAAUCAAGGAACAUUUAUAUUGGAGUCGAGGUUGAAAAAGGAGCCGGGAAACGAGGUCGGACAGUUCGAAAAUGGCUCGGUCGAAACCCGAUGCCGAAAAGCUAGUGGAAACCCAAAACCCUUCAGCGUGAGUGACUAUCAAGACUGACCCGCCCAGCCAGGAGAGGCAACGAACCGACACCUACUGCCACUUAGGGUUAAUUACUGCUAAUUCAAUGAUGACCAUCUAAAAACCGAAUCGUGUUAUUCAUUAAAAUAUAUAAACUUGAACAAUUCCUCAAACAUAAACACAAAAACAAUGGAAGA